AUGCCGGAAAAUGAGGAAGGACUUGCUAAUGAGCUGAUAAGGUUUAUCGCAACCACCGUGGCAGGCAUAAAGAGUCUCACUAAAGAAGAUGAGCAAAGGCUCAAUAAUUGUCUUCAUGGUCAACAUCGUGAACGUUUUAGAUCGUUUCUUGGCUUAAUGGACGGGCAAGAGCAUAGCACUCUUUUUGUCCUUCUUUUCGAAGAGUUGGAUAGAAUAUUAGUUACUAUUGACUUUGAUGAAGAGAUGGUAGAAAAUAAUAAUUGGGCAGAUGAGAAAUACUCUACAUUAUUGAUCAUCAAGUCCAAAAACGAAAUUGUGGAUGCGGAGCCGAUAACAACGCAAGUAAACGUGAUAUACAUGCCCGGUCCCGUAAACACAGGAAACUUAGCUUCGAUUGUUACUCAUGGUGUAUCGUCUGUAUUCGGUCAGUUGGUGAAGUCCGAUGCAAAGUCAUAUUCUGUCGAAACCAUAGAUAAAACCAGGAGGAAACUAGAUGACAUAGCUAAGCAAUUUCAGCAGCUUCAUAAUUCAAUUGAAACUCCAGACCUUUUGGAAAUGGUUCCUAAUAGUAUCAAAGAUGCUGUUUCGAAAGGUGCUACUUCACAUGAUUACGCAAACUAUUUUUCCAGCAAUGAAUUGAACGAUAUAAAAAUUUUAAAUUCUUUGCAAAGCAUAGCAAACAAAUGGGUCUUAGUCAUCAAACAAACAUUAGCCAUUGACAGAGAUAUAAAAGAUGGUUCAGUUUUAAAUGAGCUAGAGUUUUGGUCGAAUUUGCACGAGGUAUUGAAAUCGCUUAUCCAACAAACGCAAAAUCAAGAAUUUCAAAUAUGUCUAUCUAUUUUAACCAGCGCAAAAAGAUUUCAUAACUUAACAAACAUGCUAAAUGAAGGCACCCUUUCAGAAAAACUAAAACAAGUAGAUAGAUACGACCAGUUUUUAUCAUCAAUCCCAAUCGAUGAAGUUCAUCGGUCGACUAGCAUUGAACACCUACGUGAAUUAUUUGUCAAUUUGGCAUCUAUAUUGAAAAGGUUUAGAUACUCGAACUAUCCAGUUCCAAGAUUUAUUAUUCUGAUGGACAAAGUCUCCCAAGAAGUUAUAGAUGCAUUACUAAACAGCCUCUCAAAUAUCUUUAAGUUGGAUUAUGGUUCUUUUUUGGCCCUGUAUAAAAAUUCAAUCCAUACCAUAGAAGAAUGGGAUUUCAUUGUGCAAGAUAUCAAUCUUUUGAUUAGAGAGGAUCUCAGGAAGAACGCACCGCAUGAAUUACUAUCACGAAAACUGAUAUUCACAAGCGAACCCGUAAAAGACAUUUUAAAUCAAAUUUUAACGACACGUAACAGAUUUUUUUCAUUAGCCGAAACGUUAAAGGCUAUAUCCUCCUCUACAUAUCAUGACGAAAUACAGAAACUGUACGAACCAUUUCAACAGAUAGACGAUAUUUCUACAAAUUUCAAAGUGAAAUUAGAACAAUCCGAGCGUCAAUAUAGUAAAAGCAUGUUUGAUUUGGAGACAAAGUUGCAAAGCUUGCUAGCAAAUGUUGUUGAUUCAGGGCGCAGGCCAAUUGAAAAAUUAAGCCAUCUGGUUAAAUUUAAGCCAUUGAUGGAAUUUUGCCCUCGAAUAAAAGUAAAAGUACAAGAGAAUCAGCAGAUAUUGUUAACUGAGAUAAAAAAAGAAAUACUGCAAUUAGAAGUUGGAUUAAACGCUUUGCCUGAAAUAUUGCAACUGGAAGAAUUGAAUGAUAUUCCUCCCAUAUCUGCAAAAAUAUCUUACUACUUAAGAGUCCAAUCCCAUAUUGACAAAAUAGUCCAAUAUCUGGAAGUUCUCUUUGGUUCUAGUUGGAGUGAUACACUAGAAGGACGUUUGAUAUCUGCGUCGAUACUGCAACUGAGAAAGGACACGAAUCCUCAAGAGGUUUUUUUGCAGUGGUUGAAUAACUUCCCUGAACAAAUAACGACAAACCUUUUGAUUAUGCCUGUUUUGAAACUGAUAAGAAAUAGCAAGGAUAGUUAUGAAUUAAAAGUAAAUUUCGAUUUUGUCUUAGCUGCUGCUUAUAAAGAGUUGAGAAAUUUAACCUACAUGGAGUUUCAAGUGCCUAGCCAUGUGGCACGUAUUGCGAGAGCUUAUAUGAGCUUAUAUCCACGAGCAAUCACCCUAGUUGAACUUAUUCAAACGUUUUUUUCAGUCAAUAAAUCACUUUCGGAAAAUUUUUAUACAAACGUUUUUUUGAAGAAGAGAGUUCAAACCGUAUGGACGUUAUUGCAACAGUUCUUGGAAACAUCGUGGGAAUCGUUACACGAGGUUGAUUCGACUAAUCAGGAAACAUCAUGCUCCCCUCACAGCCUGGACGCAUUAGAAAAAGUGAUCGGCGAUGUUAUUUUUGAUUACCAAAUCUUAAAAAAUUCAGAAGCUCAGUUUGCCAAGGAAUUCUCUCUUCUGAAUCAUUUUGAAGGCACUGCUAGCGAGUUCUAUAAAUUGGAAAAGGUAAUAGGUAAUAUUCAGGCCAUUUUUGAAGAUUUUUCUGCCAAGGGUCUUGCUGGCGUAAGUAAGUAUAUCCCUGGGUUUAAUGAUUUGAUUAUUAACAUACUACUGGAAAAGGCCUCUAUAAACGUAAAGAGUCUUCGUUUCCCUAAGCACACAUUUAAGCUUAAAUUCGACAAGGGUAAAAUAACACCAUCACCGUCCUUAAAUGAAAUAAAGGGAUCUCUACUGAAAGAUAUUGAGAUUCUUUUGAGGACAGUUACUCAAAUUGAGUUGCUGCAUGAUUCGGGAAAUCCUGUUUCAACGACCUUGACAUUUGAUGCAGUUGUGAUCAAGCUGGAAGGUGAUAUUAAAAAAUCUUUGAACGAGAUUCAAGCUUUGUAUCUUAAAAUCAAUGCAUACGUCAAAGAAUGGCAAAAAAUGGGCUUCCUUUGGAAAAUUACGGAGCAAAGUCUUUUGGAGACAAUCGAUAACAGCACUCAAAAAUGUCUUGAUAUCUUAACGGGGCUUCUUGAUUCCAAGUCCAGCUUUGAUCAACUUUUGAGUCGAAAUAUCUUUGCGACAAAUUUCGAGAUCCAAACCCAAGAAACACAUAGUUAUAUCCGCUCAAAAAUCAACAUUUGGGUCUCGUUUGUCAGCGAACAUCUUUUGAAACUAUAUGACCACGAUGCUAGGCAAUUAGAUGAAGAUAUGAAUAGGGAUAGAGAGGCUCUGGAAGAGAUGGACAUAAAUUUUUCUUCUUUAAAAAAUAUAACCAUAAUAAUUGAGGCUGUCAUUAUGAACAAAAGGCGCGCCAUUGAACGAGAAGCACAAAUUAAGCUACUGAGAUCGGUCACAAGGACACUUAUGAAACUUAGAGUGGAAUUUCCGCCAAAAUUUGUUUACAUAGAGCAGCUUGACAUUGAUUUUGGUACGCUAAGAGAAUGUUUGGGUCGUGUGGAACAAGAGAUGCAAAAACACCGCGUGUUGAUUGCUCAACGGUUGGAGCAAGAAGUCGAAAACAUUGAUGAGCUAUCGCGGUCUCUGAAUGAAAGUUGGUCGGUUAGGAAACCCGUAUCUCCAACAUUAACUCCUCCUGAAGCGCUUGAAAUCUUGGGCUUGUUCAAUAAAUCACUGUACACAUUGAAGACAAAAGUGGAUUGUGUUACAGAUGCUGCAAAGAUGCUACUUAUUCCUGUUAUUUUAAAGGAUCAACUAGUACGGACCGUGGAUGAGGUUAAACAAUAUACGCUAGUUUGGAAAAGUAUUGAGGAUCUUUGGAAAAAUUUACAAAAAACUGUUGAAACACCGUGGUGCAGGAUAGAUAUACUGUCGCUUCAACCACAGCUAACUGAUCUUCUUCAAAGCGCGAAUGAGCUUCCCAGAGUUGUCAAACAAUUUGAAAUAUUCAAGUCGUUGUUUUCGCAAAUUAACAUUCUUAGUUCUGUAAAUGGGGUUCUAAUUGAAUUAAAGGACCCGGCUUUAAAGCCUAGGCAUUGGAACAUGAUAUUUCGUGAUAUCGGCAAAAGGCAAAUGCAAAAGAAUUUAGUUGAUAGAUUCGAAUUCCCUCUCAAAGAUGUUAUGCUGCUAAAUUUGACGCUAAAUGAGGUAUUGGUUACAAAAAUUAUACAAAGAGCACAAAAGGAAUUUGUAAUAGAAAAAUCGCUGAACAGGAUCAAAACUUUUUGGAAAGAGGCUCAGUAUGACGUAAGAGAACAUCCGAGUGGAAUCAAACUUGUGGGUGAGUGGGAUGUACUAGAACAAGCUUGUAGAGAAGAUUUGGAGGAGUUAAUAUCUAUGAGAACUUCAAACUACUACAAGAUUUUUGAGCAAGAUUGUUUGGAUUUCGAAUCUAAACUAACAAAAUUGUCUGAAAUUCAGGUAAAUUGGAUUGAAGUUCAAUUUUACUGGUUGGAUUUGUAUGGAAUCCUUGGUAAAAAUGCGGACAUUCAAAACUUCCUUCCCCUUGAGACCUCUAAAUUCAACAGUUUGACCAAUGAGUAUAAGAUAAUGACUACGAGAGCGUUUCAACUUGACACAACAAUUGAAGUAAUACAUAUCCCAAAUUUCAACACAACAUUAAAAUUGACAAUUGAUUCUUUAAAGAUGAUUAAAUCGUCGCUAUCAAACUUUUUAGAACAGCAAAGAAGGAAAUUCCCCAGGUUUUACUUUCUGGGUAAUGAUGAUCUUUUGAAAAUCAUAGGAUCUGGAAAGCACUACGAUCAUGUUUCGAAAUUUAUGAAGAAAAUGUAUGGGAGUAUUGACUCUAUAGUUCAUUCUGGGGAUUGCAUAACUGGUGUGAGAUCGCUAGACGGAGAAGUACUAGAUUUGAAUCAAAAAAUCAAGCUGCCCAACUCGGUUCAAGCUCAAGAGUGGUUAAGCAGCUUGGACACAGAAAUCAAGUUAAGUGUCUUUAGUCAGUUUAAAGAGUGUUUGAACGAAUUCAGAAAUGGUGUUGAUAUGGAAGCUAUUAUGCCCAAUUAUAUAUUUCAAGCAAUUCUUCUCGCAGCUCAAGUUACAUGGACAGAACAGAUUGAAAAGUGUUUUCAAACUAAUGAGUUCUCAAAAUACAAGGAAAAGACCAGGAAGAAAAUUAAAGAAUUAUUGGAUAAGUUAGGCAACUCUUCCAAAAAUACGAGAAAGAAAAUUGAAUCUUUACUGGUUGAAUAUUUGCAUUUUGAUAAUACUAUAGAUGAGCUCAAAAAGUGUUCUUCUGCCGAAGAAGCGCAAUUAUUGUGGGCAAAGGUCCAAAAGUUUUAUCAAAAAAAGGAUGCUCAGGAUGAUUUUGAUUCGAUUUUCAUAUCUCAAAGUAACUAUACCUUACAGUAUAGGUUUGAGUAUAUUGGAAUUCCAGAAAGAUUAAUUUAUACACCAUUACUUCUUAACGGGUUUGCCGCACUUACAGAUUCUUUGAAUCAGAAGUAUGGUGGGUGCUUCUUUGGUCCCGCUGGGACAGGUAAAACAGAAACAGUAAAAGCAUUUGGCCAGAAUCUCGGCCGUAUGGUGGUUGUCUUUAAUUGUGAUGACUCGUUCGAUUAUCAGAUUAUUUCUAGGUUACUGGUAGGUAUUACACAAAUAGGCGCAUGGGGAUGUUUCGAUGAAUUCAAUAGGCUGGAUGAGAAAGUUUUAAGUGCUGUAUCUGCCAAUAUUCAAGAAAUACAAAAUUCUUUACAAGUCGGGAAGGUCUAUACUGCACUUUUAGAAGAAGAAACGCCGUUAAGUACGCAUACAGCAGUAUUUAUUACUUUAAAUCCUGGAUAUAAUGGAAGGUCAGAACUACCAGAAAAUUUGAAAAAGAAUUUCAGAGAAUUUUCUAUGAAAUCGCCCCAAAGUAAUACUAUCGCAGAAAGCAUAUUGCAAAUUUUGGGGUUUGAAGACGCUAAAUCACUGGCAUCGAAAAUAGUUCGAUUUCUUGCCCUGUUGGCCUCAAAAUGUAGUCCAAUGAAGCAUUAUCAUUUUGGUUUGAGGACACUAAAAAGUGUACUGAGAAAUUGCAGCCCUUUGAGUGAGGAAUUCGGUAAACAGGAAAGAACAUUAGUGGAAAGCUUAAGAAGAGCGAUUUUGCCAUCAUUAAACGAUGCCGAUGAAUCUGUAUUUAACGAAGGAUUAAUGGAAGUAUUUGGCUCUACUGGAGAAGUCUUGGAAUCGGAGGCUUUUGUUCGAUGCUGGAAAGAUAUUUGUCAAAAGAACAAUCUUUCAAUAUCUGAGGAGUUUGCAAAAAAAUGUUUGCAGUUUUUUUAUAUGCAGCAAACACAACAGGCUCUCAUAUUUGUGGGUAACGCAGGCUGUGGUAAAACGGCAACGUGGAGGACGGUUAUUGAUACCAUGGCCAGUUUUGAUGGUCGUGCUAAUAUUGUACAUGUCAUUGACACAAAAGUCCUCGCAAAGGAAUCCAUAUAUGGUAGUAUGGUUAAAGCAACCCUAGAAUGGCGAGAUGGACUUUUUACUUCGAUUCUACGAAGGGUGAACGAUGAUCCCACAGGAACUUUCAAGGACUCGAGCGUUUGGAUCGUUUUUGAUAGCGAUUUGGAUCCAGAAUAUGUGGAAGCCAUGAACUCUGUGCUUGAUGACAAUAAAAUUCUGACGCUACCAAACGGCGAAAGACUUCCCAUCCCUUCGAACCUUCAUAUUAUAUUUGAAACAGACAAUCUCGAUCAUGCUACGCCUGCGACCAUAACUCGAUGCGGUUUACUAUGGUUUCCAUUUGACGUAUGUUCUAUAUCUCUCAAGAUGAAUUGUUUGCUCAGUAGAGGCUUUGAAGUACUUGAUAAUAAAAUAUCCAUGUUGGGGCUCGAUAAAGUAAGGGCUGCAAUCUCAGAUGCUUUUAAUAUGGGUUCUCUAGCCAGCCUUUUUACAAGCGUAGAUAAACUAGAUCAUAUUAUGGGGAUCAGAUCUUUCAACAAACUGGAAACUGCAUUGCAGUUGAUUGUUUAUUUUGUCUCGAGUUAUAGGCAAUGGCUCGAUAAUAUCGACGAUUAUAAGUUGAAGGACGUUGUCGUUCUAGUAAUAAAGCAGUCAUUACUAUAUUCUCUAGCUGGUGACUCAACUACCGUAUCCCAAACGACUUUUAUACAAGAUAUAAACAGUUAUUUUGGAUGUAACGAUCAGGAAUCGCCGGAUUACUCCGAUGUAGUUAUUACAAAGGACAAUUUGGAUUUUACUUCUCUUACUUCCCAGGUUCCUUCGAUUGUUUUAGAGGCACAUGAUGUCAUGAAACCUGAUAUUAUAAUCCCUACAAUUGAUACAAUCAAGCACGAAAAGGUGUUCUAUGACCUAUUAAAUUCAGAGAGAGCAAUUGUUCUUUGCGGCCCCCCUGGAUCUGGUAAAACAAUGAUUAUGAAUAGUACGCUCCGGAAGUCAUCGCGAUUUGAAGUGGUUGGUAUUAAUUUUUCCAAAGAUACCACAACGGAAAAUAUCCUGUCAACUUUGCACCGUCAUACAAACUAUGUUACUACAUCGAAAGGCCUUACUUUGCUGCCAAAGUCAGAUAUUAAAGAAUUGGUACUGUUUUGUGAUGAGAUUAAUUUACCAAAACUGGAUAAAUAUGGUUCUCAAAAGGUCACAUUCUUUUUAAGGCAGCUAAUAGAAAAGGGAGGGUUCUGGAAAACGCCAGAAAACAAAUGGGUCACUACAGAGAGAAUACAUAUCGUUGGUGCUUGCAAUCCCCCAACUGACCCGGGAAGAAUUUCCAUGUCGGAAAGGUUUACACGUCAUACUGCUGUUCUUUAUUUUGGUUAUCCAAGUGAGAAGUCUCUAUUUCAAAUUUACGAAACUUAUUACAAGGCCAUUUUUAAGUUAGCGCCGGAGUUCAAAGUAUAUGCUGAGGCCUUCGCUUGUGCUUCAGUUCAUUUAUAUUACGAAUGCAAAACUUAUUACAGCACUGACCUUCAAUCUCACUACAUUUUUUCGCCUAGAGAACUGACACGUUUAGUUAGAGGUGUAUACGUAGCAAUUAAUAAUGGGCCAAGACAAUCUAUGAGAUCGUUAUUAAGAUUGUGGGCAUAUGAGGCCUGGAGAAUUUUUGCUGAUAGGCUGGUUUCAAUAGAGGAGAAAAACAGCUUUGAAGAAAUUCUCUACAAAACAGUCAGUGAAUUUUUUCCCAGCCAAAAUUUGGGUAAUAUAGCUUCACCUUCUCUUCUCUUUUCGGGUUUAUUAAGCCUUGAUUUCAAAGAGGUCAAAAAAUUAGACCUUGUAAACUUCAUUGAAGAACGGUUCAAAACAUUUUGCGAUGAAGAACUAGAAGUGUCAAUGAUUAUACACGAGUCUAUGAUUGACCACAUUUUGCGUAUUGAUCGUGCGUUGAAGCAAGUACAAGGUCACAUGAUGUUGAUCGGGGCCAGUAGGACAGGUAAAACUACAUUAACAAGAUUUGUUGCAUGGUUAAAUGGUUUAAAAACUGUUCAACCAAAGAUCCAUCGUCACUCCACUCUCGAUGAUUUUGACAUUACUCUGAAAAAAGCUCUACUAGAUUGUUCAAUUAGAGAAACUCGUACUUGUUUGAUUAUUGAUGAAUCCAACGUUCUGGAAACGGCGUUCUUGGAAAGAAUGAAUACGUUGCUUGCAAAUGCUGAUGUACCUGACCUGUUCCAAGGUGAGGAAUAUGACAAACUGUUGAACAACCUACGGAACAAAACAAGAGCUCUUGGUCUUCUAUUGGAUACAGAACAAGAGCUCUAUAGCUGGUUUGUGAGAGAGGUUGCUAAAAAUCUUCACGUGGUUUUUACAAUUUGUGAUCCUAAUGACAACAAGUCUUCCGCAAUGAUAAGUUCACCGGCUCUGUUCAAUCGUUGUAUCAUUAAUUGGAUGGGUGAUUGGGACGUGAAUACAAUGUCCCAGGUGGCCAGUGUUAUAGUGGAACGUAUACCAAUGGAAUUUACGGACUAUGAAACACCUAAGGUCAAUAACGAGUUGAUGUCUAAAAAACCAUACCAAACUGUAAGAGAUGCUGUUAUCAAUAUUUUAGUACGUUUUGACGGUAACUUUUAUAAAGAUACCAAAGCUUACCCACGAUCGCCUGGGUAUUUUUUGGACGGUUUACGUGCUCUUGAGAAUUUUGUUCUAUCAAGAUAUCAAGAGUUGAAGGAAAACCAAAGAUUUGUUAAUGUUGGCCUCGAAAAAUUAAAUGAAUCCGUUUUGAAAGUGAAUGAAUUAAAUAAAAUCUUGUCAAAGAAGAAGAUUGAACUUACAGAGAAGGAAAAGGAGGCUAGGAAGACAUUGGAUAAUAUGUUAAUGGAGCAGAAUGAAUCAGAGAGAAAACAGGAAGCUACAGAGGAAAUUAAAAAGAUACUAAAAGUCCAAGAAGAGAAUAUAAGGAAAAGAAAAGAAGUUGUCAUGAAGAGUGUCCAGGAGAUAGAGCCUACCGUUCUCGAGGCGCAACGUGGCGUAAAGAAUAUCAAAAAGCAGCAAUUGACAGAAAUAAGAUCAAUGCAGAAUCCUCCUUUCGGUGUAAAAAUUGCUAUGGAGGCUGUUUGUGCCAUACUUGGUUAUCAGUUUUACAAUUGGAGAGAUAUUCAACAGUUUAUCAGGAAGGAUGACUUCAUUCACAAUAUAGUACAUUACGACACAAACCUUCAUAUGAAUCCUCAAAUUCGAGAGUACAUGGAAGAGGAAUUUUUGGCAGACCCUAAAUUCACUUAUGAAAUGGUGAAUAGGGCCAGUAAGGCGUGUGGGCCAUUAUAUCAAUGGGUUAAAGCUCAAAUAAACUUUAGUAAAGUUUUACAUAACAUAGAUCCGCUGAGAGAAGAAAUGAAGAGGAUAGAGUUUGAAUCACUGAAAACAAAAGCCAAUUUGCUUGCUGCUGAAGAAAUGACACAGGAUCUGGAAGCUAGUAUCGAGGUAUCGAAGCAAAAAUACAGCUUGUUGAUUAGAGAUGUUGAAGCCAUAAAAACUGAGAUGAGCAAAGUGCAAACUAGUCUCGACAGGUCCACAUCUCUGGUUGAAAGUUUAACUUUUGAAAAAGAGAGAUGGGUAAAUAGUACAAAAGAAUUCAAGAAGACGAGUCAAGAACUGAUUGGCAACUGUGUGAUUUCGUCUAUCUAUGAAACCUAUUUUGGACACUUAAAUGAGAAGGAAAGAUUUGACAUGCUGAGCGAUCUAAAGCAUUUAUUGAACAUCUGUGGCGUCAAAUACGAUUUGAAUUAUCGAUUCAUCGAUUAUCUGGUACCGCUAGAUGAAAAAAUGAAGUGGAUUGAAUGUGGGUUAAAUAAGAACGAUUACUUUUUGGAAAAUAUGAGCAUUAUCAUGAAUUCAAAGAACACAGUGCCAUUUCUUUUGGACCCUAGCUCGCAAAUACUGACAGUUAUUUCCAAUUAUUAUGGCAGUAAGACAGUGAUUCUCAGUUUCCUUGAAGAAGGGUUCGUUAAGAGGCUAGAAAAUGCAAUUAGAUUUGGAAGUGUAGUUAUAAUCCAAGAUGGAGAAUUCUUUGAUCCGAUUAUAUCGAGGCUAAUUUCUAAGGAAUUCAAUCACGCCGGAAAUAGGAUUACCGUAGAAAUCGGUGAUCAUGAAGUAGAUGUUUCUAACGACUUUAAAUUAUUUAUCCAUUCUUGUGACCCUAGUGCUGCUAUUCCAAUAUUUCUCAGGUCUAGAGUAAGGUUAAUUGAUUUUGUCACAAAUAAGGAAAGCAUAGAAACGAGAGUUUUUGACAUCACGCUGAUAGAAGAAAAUGAAGAAAUGCAAAAACAAAGGGAAGAGCUGAUAAAAUUGAAUAGUGAGUAUAAAAUGAAGCUGAAAGAUCUGGAAAGGCAGCUAUUGGAGGAGUUGAGUAAUUCACAGGGGAAUAUGUUAGAAAAUGACGAGUUGAUGAUAACCUUGAACCAUCUGAAAAAAGAAGCUAUAAACAUUGAAAAGAAAUUGCGUGAAUCAGAAGCAUUUAUGCCUCAGUUCGAUAAUCUGGUAGAAAAAUACUCUAUCAUAGGUAAGCAUAGUGUCAGAUUAUUUUCCAUGUUGGAGAAAUUUAGUCAGUUCCAUUGGUUUUACAAUAUUUCCAUAGCGCAGUUUUUAUCGUGUUUUAGACGUGUCUUUGACAAAAAGAACAGCAAAACAAGGGCAAGUGGGACAAGAGUGGAUGAAAUUCUCUGGACAUUAUACCAAGAAGUAUACAGCCAGUUUUCUACCACUCUUGACAAAAAAUAUAAGAUGAUUAUGGCAAUGACGAUGUUUUGUAUGUACAAAUUUGAUAAUGAAAGUGAAGAAUAUAAGGAAGCGGUUCUAGCCAUGAUUGGAAUGCUUUCUGGAGAUGGGAGUAGUGUAGAAGAAUUAAGUGUGAAUAUUAAUGAUGAUUUGAAUCCAUUAUUACAGUACAUCACCACCAAAUCGUAUAUAUCUGCAGUACACUGGUUUAGAAAUGAACUUUUCGUCCAAGAAUGGGAUAUCAUGGAUGUAGUAACAAAUUCGAGAACUAAUUAUUUCACUAUGGCAAGCGAGAGAGACGUUGACGGCACGUUUAAGGUAGUGGAAUUGGCGAAGGCCUCGAAUCAACUGUUGAAGAUCAUCCCUCUGGGCUCCAUCGAAAAUAUUAACUACGCACAAGAAGAGAUAUCAAGGUGUAGAAUACAAGGUGGUUGGCUACUUUUACAAAACGUUCAAAUGUCGAUGUCUUGGGUGAAAACGUAUUUGUACAAGCACAUUGAAGAAACACAAUCAACAGACGAGCAAGAGACGUUUAAAGUAUUCGUGUCAUGCCAUUUAUCCGGUGAGAAGCUACCACCUCCAUUAUUACAAAAGACCGAUAGAUUCGUAUACGAGGAGAUUCCAGGGAUAUUGGAUACGGUCAAAGACUUAUGGGGGACUCAUGCCUCGACGGAUAAAUCUGGAGGAGCAUGGAGCGCAUAUUGUAUGUUCCUAUUGUCAUGGUUCCAUGCUUUGAUCACUGCCAGAACCCGACUGGUGCCCCAUGGGUUUUCUAAGAAAUACUAUUUCAACGAUUGCGACUUCCAAUUCGCGCUGGUCUAUUUAAAAAACAUGCUUGCGACCACUCCGGCCAACAAUAUGCCCUGGACGCAAGUGCAGGACCACAUCGCUACGAUCGUAUACGGAGGAAAGAUCGAUGAAGAGGAAGACCUCCAAGUGGUCCGGAAGCUUUGUUCCCACAUAUUCCGCAGCACGGACGAUCUGCAGAUCGUUCCUGGGGUACGAAUCACACAGCCUCUUCUACACGAAAGCGAUGAAGAAGAACGGGAAAUACUCACCACCAUACUGCGUGAUACAGUCGAGCCUGCAGAUUCACUAAGCUCGUGGCUCCAACUGCAAAGGGACUCGAUUCUGGACUACGAACGUAUCCAGGCGAAAGCAGUGGCCGGCUCGACAAUACAGCUUCUUCGAGACAUAUAG